AAAAUAUGCUAAGUGCUAAGUGCUAACAACCUCUUCAGCGUCGCCGAUAGGAUUUCACAUCUAAAGGAAGUGUAAACACGCCCAUCAUGCGAGUCAACAGCUGCUCCUCCUCCUCCUCCUUAAAAAGUCAACUCGAAGCGAAAUCAAUCAUCGUCAGUUCAAAACCUCUCGCGGAGAUCAGCGACACCAGAGAGAGAGACCCACGCAAAGACCGGCCCCAAAAAAGUCGCCAGAUCAGACGCCUCGCGAUGGCCGCCGCUACCAAUCCGACGGCCCUCGCGCUCUUCCUCUUCCUCGCCGCCGCCUCCUCCGCCCCCUCCGCCGUCGCCGCGUACGCCAACUACACCGUCGGCGGCAACUCCGGCUGGUUGUUCAACGAGACCACUAACGCCACCUCCACCAACUACUCCGCCUGGGCCGCUUCCCAGACCUUCAACCUCGGCGACUACCUCCUAUUCAACACGAACUCCAACCAGACCGUGAUCCAGACUUACAACCUCACGACCUACCAGGCCUGCAGCGUCGACGACGCCUCCGACGAUGACUUCUUCCAGUACGGCGGGGGCAGCGACCAGUUCGGGGAGGCGCUGAGCGUCGCGGUCCCGCUGACCCACGAGGGCACGAACUGCUUCUUCUCCGACGCCGACGACGGCGUCCAGUGCCAGAGCGGGAUGCGGUUCCAGAUCGACGUCCAGCACGGCUCCGGCCUGCCGCCGAGCCUCAACCAGCCGCCGCCGCCCCCGUACGCCACGCCGCCCGGCCCGGGCGCGGCGGAAUCCGCCCGGCACGGCGGUGAAUGCGCCGGGGAACAGCGGAUCCGGCGGAUCCGGCGGGGGAGCGGGCGUGCGCGGUGCGGCGUGGGGCGGCGUUUCUCUGCUGUUGGCGACGCUGUUUUUCUGAAUAUUUCUUUUUCCGACUUUUUCAAAAAGCGCGGGGCACAUGUGGUAAUUUCGGUGUUGCCGGAGGGCCUAUAUGGAAAUUCGAAUGCGCAUCGAUCGGGGGCCCUGUCCUUUUCAGUUUGAAAUAUUUUGGGCUUUUUCUUUUUUGGGGGGUUUGAAUUUGAACAUCGUUGAAUUUUGUCAUAUGUUUCGAUUGAAUUUACAGAGAGACAGUUCCAGAACAA